UAUAAGCUUAUUGAUUAAACACAAAAUAUUGUAGAGAAUACACUUUUCUCCAAUUUUUGAUAAUAUUUCUUUCUUUCCCAUAGCUUUUGAAGCCAUGAAUCACAAAACAUUCUCUAUAUUAUUCAUAGUCUUUUUUGUCUUAACUUGUUCUAUAUCCUCAACAACGGCCUCUCGAAGAUUAUUAUCAGGUAGUGCUGGAGGCAAUAAAAUGGAAAUGCGAGGCCAUCGCUCUAAAUCAGCUCCUUCAGCAACUGAACAAUCACCCCCCGGCCGCGGAAGCCUAAACUAUAAAGCAUUACAGCAACCACCGGUAUGCAAGGAGAAAGUGUACGGCGACUGUACCGGUGCUCGAAAACCAUCCCCGAGACGUUGCAAUUUUGGUACUAAAUGUAAAAACACCCCACCCUAAUUUAAAUCCAUAACUCGUUUUAAUUACUGUUCACAGUAAACGGUAAACAAUAAACUUCAUUUUUUUUUCCAAGCAAGGAAAAGAGUUUUGAAGAUUUAAAUCAUAUAUAAUUAUGAUGUUUAUCAGCUUUAGUUUGUAAACUUGAUGUGUACUAUUUUUAAAUAUUUAAUUAAAUUUUCAUGAAAAUAUGUUCCAAAGGAAAAACUUUAAAGUCAAUUAGUUUUGUCUUUUAACCUUGAAGGUUUGCCCAUAAAGCAAGCGAGAGCCAAAAAUUCAAGACCAUCCAUCCGGGUCAUUCGGUGAAAUUUCUUAUAGUAAUCAAGUAUUGAAAAAAAAAAAAAAUAUAUAUAUAUAUAUAUAUUCUUUGUGUUAUCCCAUUUUCUGCGGCACUUGAAGUUCCUGAACGAGGAAUAAAGAAUGAAAAUUAAUAUAAAAAGGAUGUAAAUUCCUUAAAUAAUAAAGCCAUUAAAUGGGCUUGACCCAUCAUACUAGCCCAAUUUAGCCUGUUAGUUGGGUGUAACUGGACUAGAAUACCCUUUUUUUGGGUCCAUUAGAAAUUGAGACUCUUUCAGUCCAGCCC